GUCUCUUUUUCAUCCCGCGCGAGCGAGCCUAGUCCGUCGAGUCGCCAGAGCGAGCGCAUACAUAUAGUGCUGCACACGUUAUAGCUAUAUAGAGAGCAUCGUAGUCGCGGCAGUGGGAGCGCGAGAGGAGGGGAGAGGCAAGUAAAGCGAGAGAGCCAUCAGAGAGCGGCGCACUUUGCUACCGUACGCUUGGCCCUGCCAGAGCUAGCAGUUCCGAGUCUCUCUCUUUUUCUCUCUCUCUCUCUCUUUCUCUCUCUCUCUUUCUCUGUAACUCGCAGCCUAUAUUAUAUCCUGAACGUCCUCUCUCCGCUGCAGAGCAUCGCAGAGUUCGACGAGUCCCCGGACGCAAGUGUGCGCGCGCUAAGUAAUUAUAUUACAUUACCGAGUGCUCGUCAGUGAGCGCAGUCAUCGAAGAGGGUGACUGCAGAUAGAGGUAUAUACACAGUAGGCAGGACUGCUGUGCUACCGCGGCCGGGCCGAAUAUAAUAUAAAGAAGAAAAAACGGAGUCGGUGUCGGCGGCUGAGAUAGCAGUAGCUGAGGCUCGACCUAAGAAGAGGCGUCGACGAGGAGUAGAGAACAACGAGGCGGACAACUUGGAGCAGCAGCAGCAGCAGCGGUUGAGUAACAGAGAGGACGACGUCAGGAUGCCGGAGAACGCGCACCACAUGAACGGCUACGCCAACGGGCACACGCCGCCCGAGCUACAGCAGGACACGAGCUUCCUCUUCACCUCCGAGUCCGUCGGCGAGGGACACCCAGACAAAAUGUGCGACCAGAUCAGCGAUGCUAUCUUGGACGCUCAUCUCAGACAGGACCCUGAUGCAAAGGUGGCCUGUGAAACAGUGACAAAGACUGGCAUGGUACUGCUGUGCGGUGAAAUUACCUCCAAAGCUGUUGUGGACUAUCAAAAAAUUGUUCGAGACACCGUCAACCACAUUGGCUAUGAUGACUCAUCCAAAGGAUUUGAUUGGCGUACUUUGAACCUUUUGGUGGCAAUCGAGCAACAAUCUCCAAAUAUUGCGGAUGGUGUACAUGUCAACAGGGAUGAACAAGACGUGGGCGCGGGUGAUCAGGGUCUAAUGUUUGGUUACGCCACUGAUGAAACGGAUGAAUGCAUGCCACUUACAGUGGUGCUUGCUCACAGAUUAAAUCAGAAAAUUGCUGAACUUAGACGAAGCGGAGAACUAUGGUGGGCCCGACCGGACUCCAAAACACAGGUUACUUGCGAGUACAUAAUGGAUCAUGGAGCCUGUGUGCCCAUCAGGGUACACACAGUUGUUGUGUCUCUACAACACAGCGAGAAAGUUACACUUGACGAAUUGCGUAAGGCAGUUAUGGAAAAGGUCAUCAAAGAAGUUAUUCCGGCGCGAUACUUGGAUGAAAAAACAGUUUUCCACGUCAACCCUUGCGGCCUUUUCAUCAUUGGUGGUCCACAGAGUGACGCAGGACUCACUGGUCGUAAAAUCAUUGUUGACACAUACGGAGGAUGGGGUGCUCACGGAGGUGGAGCCUUCUCUGGCAAGGAUUUCACCAAAGUCGACAGAUCUGCAGCAUAUGCCGCUAGAUGGGUUGCCAAGUCUCUAGUGAAAGCUGGUCUCUGCAGGCGCUGCUUGGUGCAGGUAUCAUACGCUAUUGGUGUAGCAGAACCGUUGUCCAUCACCGUAUUUGAUUAUGGUACAUCUAAACUGUCACAGAAGCAACUUCUGGAAGUAGUAAACAAAAACUUCGAUCUUCGCCCCGGAAAGAUCGUAAAGGAACUUAAUCUUCGGAACCCAAUUUACCAACAGACCAGCACAUAUGGACACUUUGGCAGGGACUGCUUUAGUUGGGAACAGCCAAAGCCCCUAAACCUUGAUUGAUGAGAGACUCGGCCCUAAAUCGUUUAAAGUUUUUAACUUAAGAGGCCUCUUCUCCGUCUGUUUAAUUCCGUUUUCUUUGAACUUUCCUUUCACCUCUCUUCUUUUCUCGGAUCUUUCUUCAGGUGCGUAAAACUCGUGUGUCGUUCGAGAAUUUCCUACUUGAAAAGAAAAAAACUCCCUGCCACUUUAGACGCGUUAUACGAGCAGCAGAAGAAUUAAAUCCCCGUCGAUGUUCGCUCGGCGCGAGAGUGGCGCACUGUAUUUUUCCACGUGGUCGCGUCUCUAGUAACAGAAAUGUAGACAAGAUUUAGUACAAAUUUCAAUGGCUCCAUGCGUGCGGCCAGUCAAGAAAUAACUACGGUCUGAGCGCGCUGCCACGCUAAAAAGAGUGAAAAGAAGAGCAUGGAAGCGAGAGUCGAAGUAUGGUGCUUUGUCGCGUAUCGUCCGUCGAUUCCUCCUAUUCUCCUCUCCAAACAUUGACAUGGAAAUAAGCAAAAACAUGUGUAAAACCCUAACAGAAGAGUACAUAACGUUCAGUUGCGUAAUCGAAUUAAGUCUGUGUGUAUAUAAUAUAUAUAUGUUGGCAAGAAAACACGCGAGCCGCGUUGUCAUCAUGCAGUAGAUGUAGAAGUGUUAGCGCGUAUGAAAGUGGAAGGAGGUACGGCACGAGGGACGCGACGGCCCGUAGUUAUGUGGUAGCAGUUUAGUAGUUACUAUGUAAACGUGACAUUUAAUUAUUAGAUUUAAGAUAAUCAAACAAAAACAACGCAUUUGCGCAUUUCUCGUUCCACCUCGCCCCCUCCUGCCCAGCCUACCAAAGCGAAAAAAAAUACAAGUAUGUGGAAAAACAAACACCAUUACACCGAAGUAAUCAGCAGUAACUCUGUUUCUCACAUGUAGGUUUUUAGAAUUAUGCUGCGCGCGAUACUUGAUGCGAUUUAUUUUUUAUCUUAGUAAGAGGGAGCAUCGACAUACACAAAAGUGACUAUACAAUUUUAAUAGACAAACUGAAAAAUGACAAGCAUGAUAUACGUAUUUUAUCGGCAUUUAUCGCGCGUCAGCUCAAUCGUUGUAUUCGAAAAAUAAACGAAUGUAUCAUCUUAUUUAAAUCAAUUUGAAAAUAAAUGUAAAAUUGGUACACGCGACUCGACGGCAUGGUAAACAUUGCCCUCGCUAUGUGUUGCGGCUUAGCGUGCACAAAGCUGCACAAUGAUCGGCAACAAAUAUCGUAUACGCAAGAAAAACUCUAAUAAAAAGCAAGAUUUUUUAAUAAAAAGAACUAUUGUUCGCAAAAUUUA